AUGGCAUUUGCGGGCCUAAAAAAGCAAAUUAAUAAAGCAAAUCAGUAUGUCACUGAAAAGAUGGGAGGUGCUGAAGGCACCAAACUGGAUCUGGAUUUCAUGGAGAUGGAGCGCAAAACGGACGUCACGGUCGAGCUAGUCGAAGAGUUGCAAGCCAAGACCAAAGAGUACUUGCAACCGAACCCGACAGCUAGAGCGAAGAUGGCAGCGGUCAAAGGUAUUUCUAAAUUAUCAGGUCAGGCUAAAAGUAAUACUUAUCCACAACCAGAAGGUAUAUUGGCUGACUGUAUGCUGACGUAUGGUAAAAAGCUGGGUGAGGACAGUAUUUUCGCGUCGGCGUUGGUUGAAAUGGGCGAUUCGCUCAAGCAGAUGGCUGACGUGAAAUACUCGCUCGAUGAUAACAUCAAACAAAACUUCCUCGAACCGCUCCAUCAGCUACAGACGAAGGAUUUGAAGGAAGUGAUGCACCAUCGUAAAAAACUCCAAGGCAGACGUCUUGAUUUCGACUGUAAGAAAAGGCGACAAGCCAAAGGAUCUCAAAUUACAGAUGAUGAAAUUAGGAGCGCUGAGGAGAAAUUUGCCGAAUCGCUACAGCUCGCACAGGUUGGAAUGUACAAUCUGUUGGAGAAUGAUGUUGAGCAAGUCUCGCAGCUGGUAACAUUCGCUGAGGGAAUGCUCGAUUAUCAUUCUCAAUGUUCUGAAAUAUUGAAGGUAUUGGUCGAAACACUAAAUGAAAAACGUGAAGAAGCCGCAGCAAGGCCAAAGUCCGAAUUCGUCCCCAAGACGCUUGCCGAUCUGAACAUCGAAAUGCUCGGUUCGCAGGAUGGAAUGAACGGUGGGCCCCAUUUCCUUAAUCCCAAUAGGUUGAACAAUUCCCAUCACCACAUGUACAGCUCCCAGCAAAAUCUGUCCAAUAACAAAAACCACUCUUCCAACCACAACAACAAUAGUAGCCACUUUAACCGCAACCGACUGUACGGCUCCCAGCAGAGCCUUGCGUCGUCGCGGAGCGGUGGCACCUCGAGUGCAUUUAGCGGUGUAGGUGGCAGAACAGGCGACACGAGCGGCAUUGGUAGUAUUAGUAGUGCCGAUGGGUCUGACAUGCGCCCGCCGUCUUACGGUGGAACGUCCGUAGACAGCUGGUUGAACGCAUGGGAUCAGCCGAAUAGUGGGGAAUUUGCCGGAAACGGUAACAGUGUUGUUGGUGCAGGGUCUAAACCGGGCAAGAUUACUGCAGCCACCAACAGCGGGACCAACAGUUGGUAUAAUAAUAAGAGCAGUAACAGUACGAUGUACAGUACCGCUACUACCAAUAGCACCGCCAUGUUUGCUAACAACAACAACUUCAGUGUACCUUGGUCAGGCGGUUCAUCAUCACAUCUCAGUUCGCCGGUCAAUAAACCGACACAUCUGGAACUGUUGGGCAAUGGGCAAGCACAGGCGCGUUCUACUAAUGCAUCACCAUUGCCAUCUCCGAUGCGCUCUCCUGCAAGAACGCCAAUGCCAACGAAACCCACACAACCGUGCUGCACAGCACUGUAUGACUUUGAGCCAGAAAACCCGGGAGAGUUGGGUUUCAAGGAAAAUGAUGUCAUUACUCUCAUUCAGCGCGUCGAUGAGAAUUGGUUUGAAGGCAGUUUGAAUGGAAGAAACGGCUAUUUCCCCCAGUCGUACGUACAGGUGACCGUACCACUGCCCAGCAAUUAA